AUGGCCUCAGUGUUCAAAACUUAUCGUUCACAUAUCAAGAUUGUAAUAUUUGUGUUGGUUAUUGUUAUAUCUUGGAAUAUUUUGGGUAUAAUGAUUCAAGGUGACAGUGCAGUCAAAUGGUAUUUCAAAAAGGCUCCAUGUCAACAGUCUGAAGAAACAUUGACAGAAUUAAAGAAGUUAACUUUUAUCAUGCAUGAUGUAUUACAGAAUUUAGGAGUAGCCCAUGCAGUGUGUUAUGGAACUCUGUGGGGUGUACUAAGAUCUGGUAAACUGUUGCCAUGGGAUAAUAAUAUAGACAUGUGUGUUAUGUAUGAAGAAAUUAAUAAAAUAGAUAAAGAACUGUUACAAAAAAGAUUCAAAGAUAUUGGUGUAGAAAUGAGCUUUUCAUCCAAAAUGGGUCAUUAUGAAUUGAAAUAUCAGACAGUUAAUGGAUAUAUCAAUGUAUUUGAUAAAGAGUUUUUUCGAUUUCGUAGCUCUUCAUUGAAACAGAUUGGAUGGAAUAAUUUUCUUUUUUCCAGUAAUAAUGAACUUUCUAUUCCGAGCCAUUUACUAGAAGCACCAUUUCCAAAAAUCAAGUUUUAUGAUAAAGAAAUUCCAGUGCCAAAAGGUGACUUUGAAAUUUUAAAAAGUUUUUAUCCUGAUAAUUGGUGGAUGGAAGUAUAUCAGGAUUAUUUUCAUAAUACAAUUUAA